AUGCUCUGGCUUUCUCUGACCUUUUGAAUUCCUGUUUCUAGUAUAGAUAUGCUGUGCAAUCCCAACAGAUGCCCUCCAAUAGUGGUAAUUCCUAAUCAGCGAGGCGAUGGCACAUGUAAUCCUGGCUGCAUGAAUCCUUUUUGCAAUUAUGAUACAGGAGUUCUUUAUAAUACCUCAGCUCAAGCUCAAAGCUCAGAUUGUUUUCCACAAUGCCCUGCUUGGGGUGGUGAAUGCACUUUAAGUACUCUUGGGAAUGGCGAUUGCGCUCAACAUUGCCAAGAUUAUCUUUGCGGAUAUGACUUAGGAGAUUGCGGGUACUGCGCUGAAUCAUGUAUUCCAUAUAUAGGUCAAAAAUCUCAAUUAGGAAAUGAGUGCGAUCCUGAGUGCAACACAGAUUCUUGCUAUUAUGACAUGGGAGCCUGCUCAGAAUGUGCCGAAGGUUGUAAUUUGACUAUAUGAGGAGAUGGGAUAUGUAAUGAGGAAUGUAAUAGUUCCCCAUGCAAUUAUGAUAAUGGAGACUGCUUCAAUAUCACUUGUGCGCCUGAUUGCUACUUGUGAAUGAUUGGAAACUCCAUUUGUGAUGAAACUUGCUAUGCUGAAGAAUGCAAUUACGAUGAUGUUGAUUGUGAUUGUUCUCCUGGAUGUACUUCAGAGUUAUGUAUGCGAUGAGGUUUGCAAUACCUAUAA